UUCAACAUUCCAAACAGUCAAAUAUUUCUCGAAGGUUGUUUAAGGAUGCCUGGAAAGAAGUGAAAGGUUUUGAUGACCAUUUUGGGAUAGAAAAACAGAUGAUGGCUUCAAUUAAAGGAAUGCAGCUGCUCAAAUUACCUGAAUUGGUAAAGGAAAAUGCUCCACCUAAUGCCAGUUCAAAUUCUGCAAUCCUAAAAGCACCAUCUGCUAAACCCUUUCAAUUGUUAUCAGCCCAGAUAAAACCUCCUAAUGACAUGAGCCCAAAACUUAUAAUUAUCCCAGGGGUUUCUAAGACUACACCUCAUAGCAUUCCCCUGCUAAAAAUGCCCCAGAAUACAAUUUCUACUUCUAGUCAACAUCCCAAUAGGGAACAUUGUUUCCAUGCAAGAUUGUACCAUUUUCCGUUGUUAAAGAAGCCAGCAGUCAAGGAACAGAUUUCACUGGUUGAAAUUCCAGUCAGAGAUGACAGGGCUCUUGAAAUCCCUCAGUUGAUUCAGAUUCCCGUGAAGCAAGUUAAUGAUAUCAUCUCAACUGGUUCAAAGCAUUUGAAAGAACACCAUACCAAGUUGAAUCUCCCUUACAAUGUCAUCCAAUCAAGAGUAAGGGAGCCAAGCAACAUUGAAAUUGAUGCAUCUCAAAAUAUGGGAAGAAUGCCUGGAAGCAAGCCAUUGAAACGAAAACGGCGUAGAAAAAGGCCUGUUGUUUCUGUGAAAAAUAACGUUUCGCUGUCUUCUUCCAAGCAACUCGAAAAUUUUGCUAGUAGGAAAGAGUCUUGUGUCUCUCAGAGUACACAAACAACUACGGAUGAGCCUAAGAGAACAAAAAACCGACGGAAGAAGAUGAAUUUGAUGGCUUUGUUAGAAGAAGCGGCAUUGUUUGACGCAAGUAGUGCCUCUUCUGGGGAGGAAGAUUUGGCCCUGAAAAUGCUCAAGAACAAGUCUUUUUUGGUUAAAGGUGAUCCUUACAAAGAAUCUAGAGAUGGGCAGUCUCUGUGUCGUGGGAUACCUCAAACAAGCUUAGAGGAACUUUUGCUUCGAAAUUUUGACGAAGGACCCGGUAAUGUACAAGUAACUCCACCACGAUAUCCUUUGAAAGAUAAAAGAGACUCGAUAAUGUUGGAAAAAAGACGUAAAACCGAGUCAAGUACCCAAACAAUCAGUGAUGUUAAUAUUCCAAAAUGUUUAGUAAUUGAUAAGCCAAAGACCUCUGCUGGACUUUCAUGGAAAGAAAUGAUCCUCUUGUCGCAAGGAACGUCUACCAAUGAUCCUUCUCAAAGCAGUGCUGCUUCCUUAAAAGAAAUUGGAGUCCAAGUCUCCGAAUCUGUGCCUGCCAUUGACAAAAUUGAGCAAACAUCACAAACGGAUUUUACGAGUGACAAUGAUGUUGUAAGCACGCUGUUAGAAAAUUUAAAAAAUCAAGGAGCUUUUAAAGAAGAGCAUUUGACUGACGGUAAAAAGAAUGGACGUGAAUUAGAUUUAGCUCAACAGCAAAGAUACCCUUGGCAGUACAUAGCAGAUACAGACUUUUCUGAUGUGGCCAUGGCACAGGAAAAGUUAAUGAAAUCUGUUAAAUCACAGAGGCCGGAUUUAGUUGAAAGAAAAUGGCAAGAGGAAUCUAUGUCACGUGAUUUGGAUCACCAUAAGACUGCUUCACCAACGAAUUCAAAAAACGCAAUAUAUGACAGCUCCAUAAUAGUGCAGUCACGCCCCGUGCACGCACCACCAGAGAUCUUUCUUGGAAUGAAAGUCAAAGAUGAGUGUAUUGAGUUGAGUAGCAUCGACGGCGCAGAGGCUAGUCGCCCAAUUAACAUUGUUGAAAUUUCAAGAAGGUCAUCCCCAAUAAUGAUUGUCAAUGAAGUUGUUGAGAAUGUUAUGAUCAGAGACAUUCCACUCGAGAUGCUUCAGGAAAGUUUUGAUGUUGGUAAAGAGAUUGAUAUUAACAAAGCAUACGUGCAAAAAGAAACUGUAGAAACUCGAUCAGAUGGCCAUCAGAUACCCGAGAGUCUUGUCGUGAAAGACACGAUCUCAGAAGAAAAGGAACAUGUGGUUUUGAAGUCAAAAUUCAUCAAUGACAAAGCAUUUUUAGCAUUUAAAGAUAGAACUUCAGAAGUAGCAGCCCAAGCAAGCAAGCUAAACAGUAUCCUAGCCGUUGGACCAAAGGACAGAAUGCACAGCAAUCUUAAAAAUAUGUCUGUGCAGCUGGAUGCCUUGGAUGAGCUGUACGAGCACUUGCAGAAAGAGCUGAAGGAUUCUGCAAUGCUGAUGCAGACGGUAGAUACACUACAUCAUGGGUUUCUAGAAGAGCCGAGCCUUGCGAAAAGUCUCAGCGCUUGAAGAAGAAAACAUUCCAUCAGGAAUACGUAAUAUUGUGGAAAACCUACCCGCAGAUGCUGUGCAGUCAAGAAAGAGAAAAUUGCGAGCUUACGUGUUGAAGCAGGCUGACAGAAGACGCCCCAUUUGCUGGGCUCGAUACAAAAGAAUCGAUUGCCAGUAGUUAUGAAAGAUGGGGAGAUGCAGAUGGAAAAUGAAGAUGGAUAAAUUCUUCUAUGUAGCCCUUACCUUUAUGUAAAUUAUACUUUCUAUAACGAUGUAUUCCACAAUGGAUUCCCUUCUUAGCAC